CGUAGAAACCCGGUGCUAAAGUUUGAGCAUGCGCAUAAUACGUCUGCUGCGAAAUGAUCUUCUGGCGCCGAAAUGAUUGUUAUUAAUAUGAAAAUACAGACUUAAAGGUGGUACAUUAGUGUUUAAAUCGUGUUUCUGCCGAGUCGACAACUUGUAAUCCAAAGAAAAACGCAGGGAAAGGACAAGGAAGCGCCGGAAACUGUCUGUCCGUUUUGUCCUACAGAGAGGAGUGUUCCACAGCGGCGGGAGGGCCCAGGGUUUCCUGCUGGAGGAAGACGGCUUCAGAGGACUUCAUGAAACGAUAAAGACUUUCCUUUCUGCCGAGGGAAACGAGAUUAAACAUGAGAAAAGACGUGAGGAUACUGCUUGUUGGGGAACCCAAAGUGGGGAAGACGUCACUGAUUAUGUCUCUGGUCAGCGAGGAGUUUCCUGAUGAGGUUCCUCUUAGAGCUGAGGAGAUAACCAUUCCAGCUGAUGUCACCCCGGAGAGGGUGCCCACACACAUUGUGGACUACUCAGAAGCAGAACAGUCAGAAGAGCAGCUCUAUCAAGAAAUCUCUAAGGCUAACGUGAUCUGCAUCGUUUAUUCAGUGAACAACAAGAAGUCGAUUGAAAAGGUUACAAGUCACUGGAUUCCUCUUAUAAACGACAGAAUAGAUAAGGAUAACAGGGUACCUCUGAUUCUUGUGGGAAACAAGUCCGACUUGGUGGAACACAGCAGCAUGGAGACCAUCCUGCCCAUCAUGAAUCAGUACCAGGAUAUAGAGACCUGCGUAGAGUGUUCGGCAAAAAACCUUAAGAACAUCUCUGAGCUCUUUUAUUACGCCCAGAAGGCUGUUCUCCACCCGACAGGACCUCUGUACUGCCCGGAGGAGAAGGAGCUGAAACCUUCUUGUGUCAAGGCUUUAACUAGAAUAUUUAAAGUGUCCGACCUGGACAACGAUGGGAUCCUCAAUGACAACGAGCUCAACUUCUUUCAGAGAACGUGUUUCAAUACACCACUGGCACCCCAGGCCUUAGAGGAUGUGAAGAAUGUGGUGAAGAGGAACAUGACAGACGGAGUUAAGGACAAUGGACUCACACUUAAAGGCUUCCUGUUCCUGCACACUCUCUUCAUACAGCGCGGUCGACACGAGACCACGUGGACCGUGCUGCGGAGGUUCGGUUACGACGAUGACCUGGAGCUCACACAGGAGUACCUGUUCCCCAUGGUAAAGAUCCCUCCUGACUGCACCACUGAGCUGAACCACAAUGCUUACCUCUUCCUUCAGAGUGUCUUUGACAAACACGAUAAAGACAGAGACUGUGCGCUGUCACCAGAGGAGGUGAAAGACUUGUUCAAAGUGUUUCCCUACAUGCCCUGGGGUCCAGACGUCAACAACACAGUGUGCACCAACGAUAAGGGAUGGAUCACGUACCAGGGGUACCUCUCUCAGUGGACGUUAACAACAUAUUUGGAUGUGCAGCGAAGUUUGGAGUAUUUGGGUUACCUCGGCUACUCUAUCAUCUAUGAGCAGGAGUCCCAAGCUGCUGCUAUAACAGUGACGCGUAACAAGCGCAUCGAUCUGCAGAAGAAACAGACUCAGCGCAGCGUCUUCCGCUGCAACGUGUUGGGCGCACAAGACAGCGGGAAAAGCGGCUUCCUUCAAGCUUUCCUCGGCAGGAACCUGCAGCGGCAGGUACGGAUCAAAGAAGACCACAAGUCGUUCUAUGCCAUUAACACCACGUAUGUUUACGGCCAGGAGAAAUACCUGCUGCUCCACGAGGUGAUGCCAGAUGUUGACUUCCUGUCAGAAACAGACCUGACCUGUGACGUGGUCUGCCUGGUGUACGACGUCAACAAUCCCCACUCUUUUGAAUACUGUGCUAAAGUAUACAAGCAAUACUUCGUCGACAGCAAGACGCCUUGUGUGGUGAUUGCAGCCAAGUCAGACCUGCACGAGGCGCGGCAGCACCACAGCCUGUCGCCGCACGACUUCUGUCGCAAGCACAAGCUCCACCCGCCUCAGACGUUCACAUGCAACACGUCGGAGGCGCCCAGCAAGGAGCUCUACACCAGACUCACCACCAUGGCCAUGUAUCCCUCCGCCCGUCUCCGCUGCAUGUGUUCCUGCAACAGGUGCACUUAUUGCCUGUGUCAGAACCUCCUGAAGCUGGAGCUGCUGCGCAGCGUUAAGGCCCAGCUCCGCAGGGUCGUUUACAACAGGCACAUGGCUCAGGCGGACCUGAAGAACUCCACCUUCUGGUUGAGAGCCAGCGUCGGCGCCACCGUGUUCGCCGUGUUGGGCUUCGCCAUGUACAGAGCCCUGCUCAAACAGCGGUGAUCAGGCAGCACGAAGACAGCUACUCCUUCCCUCUUCCCACCUGAAAGACUUCUUAUUAAAAAACUACUACCUGAACAACCCUCCCAGCUCGUUGCCUCAAACUCCACCCUUUUCUCUCAGCACCAUCAAGAAGCAAACAAAAGUGCGUUUUAUAUGAGAGCGUGGGCGUUUCGUGUGUUUUGUGAACAAAGGCAACUUUGUCAGUCUCGCUCUGUUUUUAAAUACAUCCAUUAUGUGAUCGUUUGGUUUAAUCUUGAUGAGAUUAGAGAGUAGCAUUAGUCUGGAUUAAAUGAGCUGAUCCGGUCCUCAGGUCUUUAUUUAUCUAGAUAUAUGGAGGCCAAACGUGCAUCGCAAAGGGACUGGAAUCAGUUGUAGUUGUGUAUAUGUAGUAUAUAAUGUAUGUAUGAAUUCUUUAAGAAGGGUAAGGGGACAGGCCAAAAACGUGCAUCCACGGGUGAUUUUA